AUGCAUCAGCGUAGUUGCAGAGUAAUUGAUGGCUUGGAGGAGGAAUUACAACAACAAAUGACAGACGCUUUAAAUGACCAAGUAUGCGAGGACAGCGUUCAAUCAGUAGAGGACGUAAUUUCGUGUUUAAAUUCUCAAGAAAGCUACCCUGAUUUAAAGAAAGGAAUAAAACUGCCUAAAUCUCCUAUACAGUGGUCAAAUGCUAACGACUUUUUUCAAUUCACUCUUUCAAACCAGCCAAUUACAACGCAAGAAAUCAGUAAAUGCAUUAAUACCAUGACAACAGUAACAUAUAAUUACUUCAGUGAAAAUUAUGGGUUUGUUGAUAUCAACAAUAAUAAAGUAUUUGAGUCGAAAUAUAAAUCAGCUUCAGCUAAAGAUCUAAAAAAAGUCUUAAAGAAAUUAAAGUCGGACAAUGGCAAUCUAAUGGAAAUCAAAUUUGUUGCUAAAAAAUUGCGUAAUCGUCUACGUAGAGCUGACACUGAUCAACAACAUGCUGAUAUCAACGCGUCAGAUGAAAUUGAUCACAAUGAGUUAAUCAAUAAAAACUGUUGGGGUUAUGUUAAAAAUAUUUUCACGAAAAAGUCAGAUUCACUACCAACAUUUGAUCUCGCACAAUGCACAGCAUAUUUUACAAGAACAUUUUCCCCAGUUAUUCCAAAUAAAAUUUUCAACAUUCCCAAUUGGAUUCCCAAAUUUAGUUCCCCGACAACACCAUUUAAUCUUGACCCCCCGACCUAUGAUGAGAUUACAAAUAUCAUUCCUAAGAUGAAACCGUCUGGUUCUCCGUGUCCUCUUGACCAAAUAUCUGUGAUAUGUUUGAAACGCUGCCCAUAUCUGAGAACUUAUUUAACCGAAAUUAUCCAAGCUGCCUGGUCCUCUGGUUCUGUUCCAUCAGAAUGGAAAAAAGCGUGUACGAUAUUGAUCCACAUAAAAGAAGAAACUGACAAUCCCGCUAAUUUCCGACCAAUAACUCUAGAAUCUGUCCCACUCAAAGUAUUUACAUCAUGUCUUCGUAAUAAAAUAUUCACUGUCCUAGCUGAAAACAAUUACAUAGAACAUAACAUCCAGAAAGGUUUUACUCCUAACGUUGCAGGAACUCUUGAACACACAGCUCAUAUGGCACAUAUAAUCAACACAGCCCGUAUAAAACAAAGAUCUGUUGUAAUUACUUUGCUUGAUCUUAGGAAUGCUUUCGGUGAACUCCAUCAUAAUCUCAUUCACGAAGUCCUUCAGUAUCAUCACGUCCCAGGUCAAAUAAACAACCUAAUAAGAAGUCUUUAUACAAACUUCCAAACAUCCAUUAUAACAGAACAGUUCAGUACUCCUUUUAUCACAAUCGGACGUGGCGUUUUACAAGGUGACUGUCUCAGUCCUCUCUUAUUCAAUAUGUCCUUUAACACAUUCGUUCAGCACAUAAAAUCUGAGAAAUACGCCCAGCUUGGCUUUUGGAAAUUGAAUAAAACUGGUAUUCCGUGCAACCCUAUCCAUGGGUUUCAAUUCGCAGACGACGAGGCUGUCAUCAGCAGACAAGAAAAUGAAAAUCAAAUUCUGCUCAAUCGUUUCACAGUAUGGUGUCAAUGGGCUAAUAUGAUAAUACGUGUUGACAAGUGCUCUUCAUUUGGAAUUAAAAAACGCUCAUCUAAGUCUAUCCAGUACCAACCUAAGCUGUUCGUUAAUAACCAACUUAUACCCCGUAUCGAACACGGAGAAUCUUUCCGCUAUCUUAGUCGUUGUUUCGAUUUCAACAUGUCCGAUGAAAGACACAAAUCCGAAUUGUGUGAUCUGUUUAAUGAUAAUAUAUCGAAAAUUGAUAAAUGA